GCCCUCGUCUCAUGUUACAAUGACAAGUUUUGGAGAUUGAUUAAUUGUAACGCAUUCAUAGGUGCCUACAGUAGAAGUGACAUUAAGUUUCAUUCUAAAAGCUUUAUCCCAUCCAAUUUCAGUUUCGUGACCUACGUUGAGCAAUGGAAUGGACAGUCCGAACGCCUCUACACAGAUAUAAAAAGCCGACGCAUACUUAGCGAAUUUAUUCAGUUACCAACCUUAGAAGGACCAACAUGUACGCCAAGCUGAUCAUCGCCCUGUGCGCUGUGAGCGCAGCACGCGCUGGUGGUCUUCUGGGAGCCCCCGUGGCAUACAGCAGCCACGCCAUCGCCGCCCCCGCAGUAGCCGCAUACGCUGCCCCCGCAGUGGCUGCAUAUGCCGCCCCCGCUGUGGUCACCAAGACCAUCGCCCCUGCAGUCUCUUCCUACUCUUCUUACUCCACACACACCGCCCACGGCUCCCCUGUCGCCUAUGCCGCGGCCCCAGUCGCCACCUACUCCGCUGCUCCCGUAGCCACUUAUGCUGCUGCCCCCGUGGUAGCUAAGAGCUAUGCCGCCCCAGCCGUGGCUACUUACGCCGCCCCCGCCGUGGCUUCUUACGCCGCCGCCCCCGCUGUGGUCACCAAGACCAUCGCCCCUGCAGUCUCUUCCUACUCUUCUUACUCCACACACACCUCCCACGGCUCUCCCGUCGCCUACGCGGCCGCUCCCGUAGUCGCCAAGACUUACGCUGCGCCCGCUGUGGCCGCGUACUCUGCCGCUCCAGUGGCCACCUACGCUGCUGCCCCCCUGAUCGCUAAGUCGUACGCUGCCCCCGCUGUGGCCACUUACGCCGCGGCCGCCCCCGUCGCUCACGUCGCCUACAGCGGACACGGCGCUAACUACGGAUGGUAAACUGAAUCUAGUC